AAGGCAACGGGCGGCUUCUUAUCUCUUCAACAGCAAGGAAUACUUUGUAGCUCUCCUGGACUCAAACUCCAAAUGUCGGGUAUCGAACAUGGCAGACCCAUUUUCCAUCGUAGCAAGCACAGCCAGCAUCGCUGACAUUUGCAUCCGCCUCGUCCGGUACCUGAAGGAUGUGAAGAAGGGAGCCGCAACUAUUGAAGACGACAUCACGUCCUUAGUUCAGGAAGUGGAGGCUCUCGACGCGAUCAGCACUUCGAUACAGCAAACUUUCAAGGAGCAUCCAACUUCACCGACCGCGUAUGGUCAGCGCGAUAAGAGUGAGGAUUUGUGGAUGCAUAUCAAACGCACCCUCCAAGACUGCAAAGCACUGGCCAAAAAAUUGGAGACGAUUGUGCAAAAUAUAUAUGGAAAGAGCGGACCAACCGUAUCAGGCUUUCGCGAUGCUGUAGCUAAAUCGCACAGGAGAAGAGGUAAAGAAGGGGAUUUGAGACAAUGCCGAGAUCAGCUAGCGACGUUCCAAAAUGUCCUUCAAAUCCUACUUGCUUUCAUCAACCUUCAUAGCACAAAAGGGUCCCAGGAAGCAAACGCUCAGUCAUUCGAGAUACUUACUGAGGACCUCCGCAAUGUCGACCAACGUCUAGGUUCUCAAAUAGCGACACUACAAGAUUCAAUUGAUUCUGCUUUUGAUCAACCGCCGCCAUAUGCGGGGACAAUAACAGCUCUGAGAGGACUACGCAAUUCUAUAGAUUACGCCGCCGGUAUGAUAAAGUCUGUAUCUUCAAACAAGCACUUCGACAUACCGCAGCCAGUCAGUAGCAUCUUUACAGGAAGGGAUGAUGAUCUAGAAAGACUAAAGAAUUUAUUCAUCAGUCCUCCUGGAAACUCCGGGAGACACCAACAAAUCCGUUUCGUAAUUCACGGCAUCGGCGGCUCUGGCAAAACCCAAUUCUGCUCCAAAUUUGCGGAAGACAACCGCGAAAGUUUCUGGGGUGUCUUUUGGGUAGACGCAAGCACAACAGAGCGUAUGAAACAAACCUAUGCCCAGAUAUCCAAGGUUGCCGAAGUGGAACCAAAUCCAAACGCUGCUAUGCACUGGCUUUCUAACUUGGAGGAGCAAUGGUUACUCAUCAUCGAUAACGCUGACGACCCAAAUAUCCACCUAGAGACAUAUUUUCCCAAGGGUAAUCGGGGACAUAUCCUAGUAACUACGCGCAAUCCUGCACAUAAAGUUCAUGGAAAUGUAGGGCCAGGCUUCUUUGAGUUUCAAGGCUUGAAUUUCCAGGAGGCAAAUGAUCUUCUUUUAAAGGCCGCUCGGGUGCCCACACCAUGGGAUUCCACAUCUGAAAACUCAGCCUCCGCCAUUACAAAGUCUCUUGGGUUUCUUGUACUUGCUAUUGUACACGCAGGUGCGGUGAUUAGAGACGGACUAUGUACCCUGAAAACAUUUCUUAGCUUCUAUGAGAGGAGUUGGACAAGGCUGCGGCGUGCAAGGAUAGACAGUGGCCAUGAAGUGGAUGAGUCAACACAUCAUAUGUAUGUGUACACGACAUGGGAGUUGUGCUACCAGCGCAUAGAGUCCAAAGGAAAAGAAGGAAGCGAGUCCGCUCAGGAUGCUAUUCAGCUUUUAUCCACGUUCUCAUUCAUGCACUGGGAGAACAUCCGAUAUGAUAUCUUCAGAAGAGCAAUUGACUGUCCCCGCAUUGAGGCAGAACAUCAGAAGAAGGAGGCAGAGAAGGAGAAGGUGAAGUUGGACAUAGAGCCCGAGACAUUUUCGCAAAAGAUGGAUCGCUUUAAAAUGGCAGUGCUCAUAUUCCUACUCAAAAAUCGCAGUCCCCUAUUACUUCCUAACGUCAUCCGAGAUGCACGCCAACUAGGCAAUAUAGAUGAGUACGACGAUCGGAUACGCUACGCGCUCAAAGAACUAGUCCAGAUGUCACUUGUCACGUACAACGAGGCGAAUGACAGCUACUCCAUGCAUCCAAUCGUCCACAAAUGGGCGCGUGAGCGGCCCGGAAUGCGUCUCGCAGAACAAGCAAUCUGGUCCGAAGCCGCUGCCACGAUCCUCUCCUCCUCUCUCCUCCUUCCGCCCCUCCGAAACAGCCCAAGCGACGAAGAUUACCACCGGGACGUCCUCCCACAUGUAGACCACGUGCGGAUAUGUCGCAACUCUGUCAAUGACCGCAUAACACGAAAAAUUCAAUCCCAUUGGACGUCCUGGUUUGCUCCACGCCCAAGUAUGAGCCCAGAGCGUGGCCUUAUGUAUGCAAAAUUCAGCCUUGUGUACGCACAUAACGGAUAUUGGCCCCACGCUGAGGUCCUGCUGUCCGACGUGAAGAAUUACUUGACCAAAAUGCUCGGACCGGGCCACGAACGGACUCGUCGCGUUACUCUAGCGCUGGCCGGCACGUACUGGAACAUGGGACGAGGAACCGCUGCCGAAAAAUUGCAACGGUCAGUCCUUCAUUUGUGCUUAACAUCUCUAGGGCCGGAGCAUGUGGAUACGCUACGAGCGAAGGAUGUGUUAGGUGAAACCAUGUGGCAGGGAGGCCGAUACAGCGAGGCAAAGGAUUUGCAUGAAGAAGCGUACCACGGACUUUCGAGACAAUUGGGAAGCCACCACGUAGACGCGUUAAAUGCUCUAGAUAAUCUCGCCCGCACCAUCGGCAGAUUUUGGGAACGGGAGCAUCUAGAGCAGGCCCAUACACUGCAUUCUAAAGCGAUUAAAGGGAUGGAGAAAGCCCAUGGUAGGGACCACCCGCGAACUCUGAUCGCGAAAGAGAAUCUUGUCCGCGUAUUUAUCUUUUUAGGCGGCGAGCUCCAUCAGGCAGCAGAUGCGCUUAUUGCGGAGGUCAUCGAGAAGCGGAGGGAAAAGCUGGGGAAGGAGCAUCCGUACACACUGCUCGCAAUGGCAAAUGCGGCGAUUGUGAAGAGAUCGCUUGGGAAAUUAGAUGAAGCGGAAGAAUUAAUGAUGGCCGGAUUACCCAUUGCAGAGCGCAACUUGGGCGAGGACCACAUCGGUACACUUUUUGGCUAUCAUACUUUAGGAUCCAUACGUAUCGAGCAAAGACGUUACCGAGAAGCGGAAGAGAUCUUGGUCGAUGUCACAGAGCGGCAGAAGCAUAUGCUUUCUCACAGGGGAGCACAUCACCCUGAUCGAUUGGGUGCGAUGAUUGAACUAGCAAAGUGCUAUCGCCUCCAGGGUAAGAUUACGGAGAGUAUUCGCAUGUGUGAUGAGACUCUAGCGGGAUUCGAAGCCAUUAGUACGAGAGAACAUCCGCUAGCACGAGAUAUGAAGAAAGCAAGAAGGAGAAUGAUGGAGCAUCAACAUAUGAUUGCGAAUGGAGAGAUCGGCGACCCAGGGAUUACCGAGCCGAGCUGUGGGUCUUAUGGACAGUUCUCCCUCUUUUGA